AUGUCGAAAAAGUCGGCAAUUGCUGAAACGAAUACUGGAACAUCGAUGCCUGGCCACGCCGAUGGAUACGAUCUCGGAGUCGCAGGAACAGCGGCAAUCGGUUCGAGUACCACCCCUCCUGUUACCAUCGCAUCCUCUCCUAGUACUGGAAUCAAGGUAAAUGUUGACGUUGCCAAUAAUAACGUAGCCGGGGCAACCGGUCUGAACUCUGAAAAUCCUGUCAAUAUCGGUCAAUCGAACAUCAUUGCCAACACCGGUUCCGCGCAUGUCAUUAGAAGGAAUCCGUUACGCGAAGUUCGUAGGAAUGUAGAGUAUAGGUGUCAGUUGUGUGGAAAACGUGACAGCGAAGAAAUGGUGCAGUGUGAUGGUUGCGAUCGGUGGUUUCACUUUGCAUGUGUGCAUGUGGCGGAAGACAUCGCCAAUGUAAGCUGGAUGUGUCCGAUAUGCAAAGCUUCAUCGUUUAUUGUGCCCCCCACCAACACCAACCGCAUAGUUGAAAAGCAGCGUAAUCUAGCUCCUCCAAGCAAGAUCACAUCAAUACGGUCGAAUAGCAAGGCUAGCUCAAGGAGUGAAGCAAAGAGGUUGAAAGAGCUAGAGAUGAAGCAGCUCGAAGAAGAGUUUGAGUUGGAGAAGCGUUUCUUGGAGCGAAAGUAUAAGCUCCUGAAGGAAUGUGUUAGCGAGACAUCAUCUGUGACUGAGGAAAGUGUGGAAGGGAAGUUAUCGAAAAUCGAAGAAUGGUUAGCCGAAACAGAACGUCAUGGUGAAGCUGAGGAUUCUGGGUUAGUUGCGGAAGUGGCAAAUGAGCAUACCCCGAACAGUACGGGAAAACUCGAGGAGCACCACGCUCUGGAGGUCCAGCGAAAUCUACACCCAUCAAUUCUCCGAUCUAGCCGGCGCGGUCAACGCCUUGCAGGGAAUCAACCCUUUUCAUCGGUGCAGCAGUCGAUUCAACAAGAUCAACCGAUCCCGUCUACGUCAGCUACACGUCCACAGUACAACCGUCUCUCACAAGGAGUGCAUUAUGCUAACAGCACUCAACUGAACUCUGUUCACAUACUUCACCAGAACGAACGUUGCCAAGCCGAAGGUCACCAAAGGCAUUCCGCCUACCCGCAGAGCUACGGUCAUCCAAGAGUCGUGUCUUCGUCGCUACCAGAAAUGCAUUUCGGCCAAUACUCGAGAGAUCUUCCAGGAGGACAACCAUGUCGCCAACUAUCAGCCAGGAGGGAGUUUGUUUCAGCGGUGAAUCCAAAUCUAGUGAACGAAUUUGUUCCAGGCCAACGUUCAACUCCGAUUAGAUCAGCUCAGCAGGACUCAGGCUCACCAGUGUUCGAUGAUGAAACCGUCUGUGUCCUCAAUAGAAGCCAAAUUGCAGCGCGUCAGGCAGUGUCCAGAGAUCUGCCAGAUUUUGAUGGCUCAUUAGAGGACUGGCCACUAUUUUAUGCCAUGUUCAACUCGUCAACGCAGAUGUGUGGUUUUACAAACGAGGAGAACAUGCUACGACUACGCAAAUGUCUCAAAGGGAACGCACUAGAGGCGGUAAAAUGUGAGUUACUCCAUCCGUCGAACGUAGGAGAUAUUUUAUCCACGUUGAAGAUGUUAUACGGCAGGCCAGACGCGAUCAUCCAAUCCAUCGUUAAGAAGAUUAGACAUCUGCCGCAACCAAAUACAGAAAAGCUAGAAUCACUAGUAAACUUUGCGUUAACAGUGAAAAACAUGGUUGCAACGAUUAGAGCUUGCGAAGUUAACGACUUCAUCUUCAAUGCGUCACUCCGUUACGAAUUAGUUGAACGCCUUCCGGCAACUCUCAAGUUGGAUUGGGCUAGGUUUGCUCGGAACUAUCCAGAUCCUAAUCUAGCUGAUUUCAGUGGCUGGUUAUACACCAUAGCUGAGGAUGCAAGCACUGUGAUGGCCACUUCAGGCCAAGAGCAACGAACUAAAGGAAGUAAGAAAGAUGGCUUCCUGAACUUCCACUCCGAGUCGGAGCUGAACGAUGAGAGCGUUACUCAUCCGUCCAACAAGCCAAUAUCUGUCACAACGCCAAAUGCCACCACAGACUCCUGCGCAGUUUGCAAGGGAAGUUGUCCUGCUAUCACCAAGUGUAGAAGAUUUGCCGAACUUAACUACGAGUCGAAAUGGGCAGCGGUAAAAGAAUGCAAGCUGUGCCGCAAAUGUCUUCGUAAGCAUAAUGGUUCCUGUAAGCAACAGAAGAAAUGUGAUACGAAUGGAUGCACUUUUCUGCAUCACCCUCUACUCCAUAAACCAGAAAUCCAGGACUCCAGACCUUCUGGGCCGGUACCUACGACAUCUUUACCAGAGCCAGCCAAAUCCGAGCCAAGUUGUAAUGUGCACCAAGGACAGUCUGCAGUGUUGUUCCGCAUCCUCCCGGUCAUACUGUACGGACCGAAAAAGGCGAUACAAACAUAUGCAUUCAUAGAUGACGGAUCUGAGCUUACUCUCAUUGAGCAAAGUCUCGCCGAGGAACUAGGUAUUGAAGGACCAAGAAAGUCGCUAUGUUUAAAAUGGACUGGCGGAACCCGCAAAAUUGAGAACAAAUCGCAGCAAGUCAACCUAAAAAUAUCCGGAGUGAACAGCGAAGCGACGAAGUUCGAUCUUCUAGGAAUCAGCACCCUAUCCUCCUUACAGAUUCGCCCGCAGACGCUACUAUUUCCCGAACUGGAAAAACGAUUUUCACAUCUCGAAGGCUUGCCCCUCGAAUCGUAUCAGGAAGUUAGCCCACGACUUCUCAUUGGAUUGGACUACGCCAAUCUCGGGCAUAGCACUAAGAGCCGAGAAGGAAAAUGGAAUGAGCCUAUCGCCGUGAAGACACGUUUGGGAUGGAUGGUCUACGGGAACUGUUCCGGAAAAGAUGACACUGUUGUGUAUACGAACUAUCAUAGUGUACAAAGGUGCGAAUGUAAUGCAGAGUUGGAUGAUAGUCUCCAUAAAGCUAUGAAAUCUUAUUUCUCGCUAGAGAGCAUGGGAGUUAUCAAGCCGAACAAGCUAAUUCUUUCUCAAGAAGAUCAGCGGGCGCAAGAGUUGUUAGAAUCACUCACGCGUCGAACGAACAAUCGCUACGAGUCUGGCCUUCUGUGGCGAUACGACCAGAUUAGGCUUCCAAACAGUGAAGCAAUGGCAAUUAGAAGAUGGAAUUGUUUAGAGAAUCGGAUGAACAAGGAUCCAGCAUUAGCUGAGGCACUCAGACAAAGGAUUGAUGAGCAUAUCAACAAGGGAUAUGUUAGGAAGCUGACUUCCGAAGAAAUCAACGAAUCACAUGCACGAAUUUGGUACCUCCCGAUUUUCGCAGUCGUCAAUCCAAACAAGCCAGGCAAGAUACGGGUAGUAUGGGACGCGGCAGCUGCUGUGCAUAAUGUUUCUCUGAAUUCGGUUCUUUUGAAAGGACCAGAUCAACUGACGUCGCUUUUAUCGGUUCUGAUUCGUUUCCGUGAACACCGGGUGGCAGUAUGUGGUGACAUUAAAGAAAUGUUUCACCAAGUACAAGUACGCAAGGAAGAUCAACAAUGUCAACGUUUCUUCUGGAAAAGCGGUGGUGAAACAGAACCCAGCAUUUACGUCGUUCAGGUGUUGACCUUUGGCGCUUGCUGUUCUCCUAGUAUCGCCCAACACGUUAAGAAUAGCAACGCGAAACGCUUUGAGCAGGAUCAUCCAGAUGCGGUCGACGCUAUUAUCAAAAGACACUACGUCGACGAUAUGCUCGUCAGUGUGGAAACAGAAGAGCAAGCCGUAAAUCUGGCCCAAGAGGUGAAGGAAAUUCACGCGCAGGGUGGCUUUGAAAUGCGUAACUGGAUUUCCAACUCCAUUGCAGUUCAAGCUUCACUAACAGAGACGGUCGCAAACGAGAAGAAUUUGGACAUCGGAGAGGCAGAUACAACAGAAAAGGUGCUCGGGAUGUACUGGAACACGUCAGCUGAUUGCUUUACGUACAAAAAGUCAUCCAGAUAUGACGAACAUUUGUUAUCAGGCAGCCGCCGGCCAACCAAACGCGAAGUACUCAGGACGCUCAUGAUGAUCUUUGAUCCAAUGGGUUUCAUAGCACAUUUACUGAUGUUUCUAAAGGUGCUGUUGCAAGAGAUUUGGCGAACGGAUGUCGGCUGGGAUGACCCCAUUGAAGACGCACAGUUCGAGAAGUGGAUUACGUGGUUAUCCGUUUUUCCAAAGAUGGAAUCGAUUGAAAUACCGCGUUGCUACAGGCGUGUGACAUCAGUUCAAGCACUGGUUGAAAUGCAUACAUUUGUUGAUGCGAGUGAGAGCGGAUUCGCCGCGGUUACCUAUCUACGAUUCCAAGAGGGAGAUCUUGUUGAAUGCGCACUUGCAGGAGCAAAGACCAGGGUAGCUCCGCUAAAGUUCCUAUCCAUUCCUCGCUCUGAACUACAAGCCGCUCUUCUCGGUGUUCGUUUAGCAGAUAGUAUAAUGACAUCUCUCUCGAUCAAGAUAAGCAAGCGACAUUUCUGGACAGAUUCCAAAGAUGUUCUUUGUUGGCUGAAGUCGGAUCAUCGCCGCUACAGUCAAUUUGUUGCCUUUCGUGUGAGUGAAGUUCUGGAGUCGACCGAAGUAUGCGAAUGGCGAUGGAUUUCAACAAAGCAGAAUGUAGCCGAUGAAGGGACAAAGUGGGCAAGAGUGCCGGAUCUUUCUUCUGACAACCGUUGGUUCCGUGGACCAGAAUUUCUUUGGCGAGACAAGGAUUCGUGGCCAGUUACACCUAGUUUCGGGGGAUCAACUGAUGAAGAGCUACGCCCACACCUCCUCAUUCACACUACAGUAGCGGAGCCGAUCAUAGAUCCACAAAAUUUCUCCAAAUGGAUUCCUCUGCUUCGACGAACUGCUUACGUCUUUAGAUUCAUCGGAAACCUAAGACGUUCUAUUAAAAUGGAAAUUCGCUUAAAUGGCCCGUUAACUCAGGAAGAGCUUGCUAAAGCUGAAAACUACUUGUUCCGCCAGGCACAGCUAGAUACCUAUGCAGAUGAAAUCGCUACAUUGACUUCAAAUCGCACUGGGAGCUCAUUGAAGCGGAUCAUUCGAAACAAUCCACUAUUCCGUAGCGCGUUCGUUGACGAAAGCGGAGUUGUUAGGAUCCAGGGACGAACCCAGUCAUGUCCAUUCGUCAACCGUGAUGCCGUCCACCCUAUAAUCCUUCCGAGAAAACACCGUAUUACAUGGUUAAUCGUUGCCGACGCUCAUGAGAGGUUCCAUCACCAGAACCAUGCGACAAUCAUCAACGAACUUUUGCAGCGCUACCGUAUUCCUCGAAUCAAGGCUACAUAUCAUACAGUCCGUCGAAAUUGCCAGUAUUGCAAAAUACAACAGGCAAACCCACAAGUACCGAUGAUGGCUGAUCUUCCUCAGUCACGUUUAGCAGCCUUCAGUCGUCCUUUCACCUAUAUGGGGGUGGACUAUUUUGGUCCGAUGCUAGUGUCAGUGGGUCGUCGCUCCGAGAAACGGUGGGGGGUUCUCGCCACAUGUUUAACCACUCGCGCCAUCCACUUGCAAAUCAGUCACACACUGACAACCGACUCGUGCGUUAUGGCAAUCCGGAACAUAAUGGCUAGGAGGGGAGUUCCCGCUGUUAUAUAUAGCGACCGUGGAACCAACUUCCAAGCUACCAGCAAGGAACUAAAGGCCGCAAUCCAGCAGCUCGACCACGACCGAUUUGCUAAUGAGUUCACCUCAAGCCACACCCGGUGGUCCUUCAUUCCUCCUUUGUCGCCCCACAUGGGAGGAGCGUGGGAGCGGUUGAUCCGCAGCGUCAAGCAAAACCUUGCAGUGUUGCAACCCAACAGACUACCCACCGAUGAAGUUUUACAAAACGCACUCACAGAAGUAGAGAAUAUAGUCAAUUCCAGACCACUGACUGAUAUUCCGAUAGACGAUGAUGAUUCGCCCGUGUUGACGCCUAACCACUUCCUGUUAGGUUCAGCAAAUGGCCUGAGGUCAUGGGUUCCAUUUGAUGACAGUCCCGUGACUCUUAGAAACUCCUACACUCAAUCCCAAGCUAUGGCGAACGUAUUCUGGAAGCACUGGUUGCGAGACUAUUUGCCAACUAUUACGCGAAGGUCUAAGUGGUUCACACCAGUGAAACCAAUCACCGUUGGCGACAUCGUCAUCAUCGUUGACCCAAAGUUAUCCAGAAAUUGCUGGCCGAAGGGCAGAGUAAUUGCUACGCACAAGGCUUCCGAUGGUCAAGUCCGUCGUGCCACCGUACAAACUGCGUCCGGUGGAAUCUACGAGCGAUCAGCAGUGUCGUUGGCUGUUCUCGACGUAGGCGUUAGCGGAAAUACGCAGCUGGGGAGCUCACCGCGCAUUUCGGGGGGGACUGUUGACUACGCCCGGUCGACCCCAUCUAUUUCUACGCCACUGAGUGACACACACGGUGGUGAACCUGCUACAGUAUGCGAGACGUCCAACGUGGAAGGAACGGCGCAACAAUAG